UAUAGCGCAGCGUACUACGCUUUUCAUACAACCAACAUUCCAACCAAUCGUUAAGUUCGGUAUAACACUGUGUACAUGAAUGAAAACAAAAAUGGCCGAAAACAACAAGGGUGGGAUUUUAAACAUUACGGAAAAAUUUCUAAGACGACGGAAAACUAAGGUUCUUCAGAGUCUUGGGAAGACAGAGAAAACUACAGAUGAGAAACUUGUGGAGGACUGUCAUAAGCUUGAUAGACAACAGGAAGUAGCAACAAAGCUUCAGAAAGAACUCAGAAACUAUGUCAACCAUGCCAAAGCAUUGUCAGUGGCCUCGAAGGCGUUCUAUGGUGCUGUAUCAGAGGCAUACGAGCCAGAAUGGGAAAACCAUGCACAGCUUACCAAUAUACUCACAAGUGUGGACGUGCUAUGGCAAGAUUACCUGCAGAAGUUACAGGACAGUGUGCAGGAGCCCCUCACAAAAUACCUCGCAAACAUUCCACAAAUACGGGCUCGUGUUUCAAAGAGAGGGAGGAAACUAACCGAUUAUGACAAUGCUAAACACAAUCUGACAGUGCAACAAAACGCAAAGAAAAAGGAUGAAGCCAAAAUAAACAAGGCACAAGAAGAUCUGGUUCAAGCACAGAAGAUCUAUGAUGAUAUGAACAAUGAGCUGCAUCAGGAACUGCCAGAAUUCUUCAACAGUCGAAUGAAAUUCUACGGAGAAUUGUUCAAAAACCUCUUCAGCGCAGAGCAUGUUUUCCAGACAGAAACUGGAAAGAUCUGGAAUGAAACCUCUGAGUGGCAAUUAGAGAAUCUCCAGGGGAGUGAACAGUUUGUUGUGAAUGCAACACAUUUAGCUGACCAGCAUGAGCAUGCAAGAUACACCCCCAGAAAGAGUGUACGCAGCACCAGCACCAUUAUUGUCGGUGAUGAUACCGGAGAUCGAUACCGGGAUAGUCUUAAUAUCCCGUUCUUUUUCCGUCACUCAGUUUUCCGGAGUGAUGAGAAUUUGACCAAUGGUCACUCAGACAGCAGCCCCGAGAGCCCCUUGCCGGACAGUGCCAGUCCCAGCCAGUCCCCGACCUUCCCAGGGCCCAGACAGGCCCCUGACCAAUGGCACCAAAUCGAUUAUGAAAAUGAGGAGUUCAUCUCCCAAAAACCUGAGGAUGAUGCUGUUGAGGACCAAGUUGCAGCCAGCAAAGCAGAAGGGGUUCAUGCUGAGAGACCUGAAACUGUUGGAGGAAGAGCCCAAGAGGGACCUUAUCACCAUCAACUUAAAAAGGCAGCAGAAGAUGCUCAUGAAGUUGUUGAAGAGAAAAAGGUUCUUGACGAUGAUGAAUUCUAUGACCAGGAUGCUGUUGAGACAAUAGAUGAGUGGGUACCAAGUGAAGCCCCUCCCCCAAUACCAUCAACUCCACCCCCAGAAGAAGCACCACAGGACAUGUUCUAUGAAGUACCGCCCCCGGCAAAACCAGUGGACAAUGACCUGCCUGAGAAAUACAUCUACACGGUGAUGUCUACGCACACAUACAAAGGUGAGGAUGAUGAUGAACUCUCAUUUGACGCACACGAAGUGAUCUAUGUGAUCUACUAUGAUGAUCCUGAUGAACAGGAUCCUGGUUGGCUGAUGGGUGUACGCAAGCUGGAUGGACAGAAGGGAGUGUUCCCUGAAAACUUCACUCGCAAAGUGUAGGGCCGGAUUGUUCAGUUCAUAGUCAUUCACCUGCUUCAUAUAAGUAUUGCUGUUUAACUACGACUGAGAGAGAAAUGGUAAUAUUCAUGGUGACCUGCGUACAUAAUGGAUCCUAUAGAACCCGUGCUGAUUUCAACUGCAUGAUUGGCGACAUGACUGUGUUUAGUACAAAACUGGGCUUAUUCUAAUACAGCCAUAAGCUUUAUAUGAAAAGAUCCACAUACAAGGAUGAUUGCUUGAAUCCAAAGAUAUGAUUAGUUGGGUUCCAAAUUCUUGUGCAUUAUGUUAGGGCUGUCUACAAGAUUUUCAAAACUUGAUAGGACUGCGUCCUUGUAAUGCAAGGUUAGUGUAGCAUUUGAAAAAUGGAUGUUACAUGUUUUUAAGGGUGUGGAAUGGGUAUUUUUAUGCCCCCAGAUCCAAUGAUUGGAGGUAUAUUGUCUUUGGCCUGUCUGUCUGUCAUUCUUUCUCUCUGUCAUUCUGUCCCAAAACUUUAACCUUGGUCAUGACUUUUGCAAUGUUGAAGACAUGAUAUUUGGCAUGCAUGUGUAUCUCAUGGAGCUGCACAUUUUGAGUGGUGAAAGGUAAAGGUCAACCUUCAAGGUCAAAUAUAUAUAUAUAUAUAUAUAUAUAUAUAUAUAUAUAUAUAUAUAUAUAUAUAUAUAUAUAUAUAUAUAUAUAUAUGGCUUCAAAGUGGCGAAGUAGGGGGCAUUGUGUUUCUGACAAACACAUCUCUUGUUUUAUCUUAAUUAAAUAAAUUAUAAUUAUGCUUAAUUCAGAUGAAAUAUGAACGUAAGAAAGCAUGGCUGUUACAAUUCACACAAGAUCUAUACCGUGGUUUCAUUAAUUUCUGUUGACAUGAAAUUUCAUGGAUUUUUUUAAUGGGGCAUUUUUGUUGGAUCUUAAAUGAGUGAAUUUUUAUCAGGCUAGUUCAACAAGGGGUACAUUGGCCUAAAAAAAAAAAUCUGUGUUUUUUUAGACUUCCCUAUUAAGCUUCUAGUUAGAAUGCACUUUUUCAAAUGUUUCAAAAACGUAAAACCAGGAUGCUAACACAUUAACAGACAAGUUAAACCCCCCCCCCCCCCCUUAAGUGUAAUGUUUUAUAUUAAUGAAUAUAUUUCAUAUUUAAGACUUUGCACAUAAACUUUUGUCAAACAUUUUUGUGAGCAGAGCCAUCAAUUUCUACCAAAACUAGUGUCCAAUGAAUAAUAUUGGUUUCACAGAAUCGAAAUAUUUGUGUGAAUACUGCCCAGUCGGUUGUUUUUUUAGUGCCUGCCUUGUCUUUUAUCAAAGAGGCAUUCCAGAUUAUUUAAUAACAAUACUCGUGAUGUUUGUAUGUCAUAUUGCCAAAUAUGCUGAUUUUAAUGUGUAUGUUCAAAUCAUUUUACAUGUGUAUAUUAUAUUGUCUUAUAACCACAUUCCAGCAUAUUUUACAUGUAUGUGUCUUCCAUUUAAUUUGUUAACAUUUGAAUUUACAUGUUAUUGAAAUUUUAUACAGCUUUCUCAUAUAUAUAUUUUAAAUAGUAUGAAUUAUAUUUGAAUUGUUUUCUGGUUAGUAAUAGAGAGACCAUAAAAAGUUUAUUUUUGCAUAAUUUAUUGGAAAAAAGAUAUUUGUGAGCUAAUGUAUUCCAGAAAAUACGGUAGAUAAUAUUGUGUUUGAAAGUUUACACUUCUUCCAGUUUGUAUGGCUUUUGUACCAUUGAACAUGAUUUAUUUAUCUUUCAAUAAUCACUUCUGUUACAAAUGAGCCAUGCUCUGUCAAAAGGGGGUUUACUGCCUGUGCGAAAAGUGUCGUCCCAGAUUAGCCUGUGCAACCUUCACGGGCUAAUCAGGGACGACACUUUAUGCCUAAAAUGGAUUUUUGCUAAGAAGAUACUUUCUUUAAACAGAAAAUGUCAUAAAAGCAGAAAGUGUCGUACCUGAUCUGAUUAAAUCUAGGACGACACUAAACGCACAUCAGAAAGUGUCGUACCUGAUCUGAUUAAAUCUAGGACGACACUAAACGCACAUCAGAAAGUGUCGUACCUGAUCUGAUUAAAUCUAGGACGACACUAAACGCACAUCAAAAAGUGUCGUACCUGAUCUUACUAAAUCUGGGACGACACUUAACGCACAUGCAUUAAACCCCUUUAUCUCAGAGCACGGCUCAACUAUUUUAUGAACAUCAUAUUUGUAGUCUAUGUAUUUGAAAAGAUAAAAAAUGAUUGGUACUUACUUGACAAAUAAUAUACAAUUUGUAUUCAUUUGCAUAUGCCAUAUUUGUAUUUUAUUUCGAACAGUAUUUAAACAAAUUGUGCUUAGAGUAAAAUGUAUAUUUUGUAAACCAAACUAUUUUGGUGUGUGGAAGUGUACUUGACUGCAUGUGUCAAAUAUUUUGUUUGUUUUACAUGUUUAUCUUUAAGCGUUUUAUGUUUUGAUGUACAUACCUGUAUUCAUAAAUGCUUUCUUAUGUAAUUAUUUUUAAAAUCUUAAAUUAAUCACAUUUUAUUUUUUGAACUAAUUUGAAGUUAAUACAAUUGUUUUUCCAUUUCUAUGCUCCAUACCCUGUGUGCGUAUUUAUUUAUGUAGCAGUUGUUUAAAAAAUCUUUUUGCAAUCUAGUUCCAACACACCCCAUCACUGGUGCCAUAUUGGGGUUUGAGGUCUAGAUAUAUAGCACGUCUAUCUGUAGUAUCGGCCCUCUAAAUGAAAACAUAUGAAUUUUGAAAGUGGAAAAACAAACAAAAAACAUGUAUGUGUUAUAUGUCAACCUAUAGAUAAAUGUGUAUUCUUGGACGUAACAACGAAAACUGCAUUGAAAUCGGGAUUGUUUAUACAAAACACUGUCUAGACUUGGUCCCUGUAGUAAAAACGUUGUUUACUGGGAAACAGGACAGCAAUGAUGUAAUAAUAUCAUCCACCUUUUAUGUGGCAAAUUUAUUAUUUUGUGUGUUGCUCCCAUGGACUUUAUUUCAGAAUGUAGUAUUUGAUCAGUGUCAUUCCAUGUGUGUCACAAAGUUUAUAAAGGGCAUGCAAUUUUGUUACAAACCCAGAACUGUUCAUUUAUUUGAAGUAUCAGUGGUAAUGAAACACACAUGUUUACAUUUGGGAAAUGAUAUUUUAGCAACUUAUUUUUAAUAAGGCCUGAAACAAUUGUUAUGUUGUAAAUAACUUUAUGGUAUUUUGAAGAAUCUCAUUGUUUGUUUAAUUUAGAUGUGCGUAUGAUGCUGUGAACUUUGUGGAAAUGAGUAUGGAUUCAUUUUCAUGGAUGCCUGAGUAAAUAGUUCUACUUGUUUAACAUACAUCAAACUGUAAAUGAAACAUAUAUCCAAGUUGCAUUAAAGAUUAUAGUGUCUUGGGUGUCCAUCUGAAAGCUAUGAAUAUGACAUAAACAUUACUGUGGUCUAAAUUAAAAAAGGAUUUUAUGGGCAUUACACAUUGAGUAAAGUAAAAUAAAUUGUAUUGGAAUAAACAUCUAUAACUUUGUUAAAAUGUAACAAACAUUUAAAUAGGUUUAUUCAUUCUAUUAUUUUCAUAUUGAUCUGAUUCGCCAUUUCAAAUCAAUUUACGGCACUAUCAAUUAAGAGAAACCAAGAACCUGAUUGUUCAUGCAAUUUAGCUUAUGCUAGAAAUGGAAUCAAAAGGUGUUUUACCACUUUGCAGUCACAAUCAUAGUCAGGGAUAAAGAAGGUUACGGUAACGUUACUUGUGCUUAUUUAUCUGCUGGGCAGCCAUUCACAAAGUUUGUAUGAUAAAUCAUACGUUAUAUUUAAGUUAAAAGUUUAGAUUUAAUUUUCUUUGUGAACUCCAAUACUUUCAGCUUGUCUGUACACAACAAUAAUAUAUUCAUAAUUUUAGCAAUAUUUACUUGUAAAAAAAGUAAGCAGUAAAAGAUAUAAAUAUGAAAUAGCCAGAACUUUAAGUUAUCUGAUUAAUAUAAGGAAUAUUCUCCAGUUUUUCCCAAUGAAAAUUGUGCACAAUACCCCUUAUUAGCACAGUAAUGUAGCCAGUAUGUACAUAAAACAGUUGUAGAUUUGAAAUGUUCAUGUGUAUUUUGAAAUAUCGCAAUAAUGCUUUAUAUUCGGUUUGUACAAAUUUAUAUAUAAUAUGUACUUGUAUAUUUUGCAAAAAUUGCUUUCCUUUUUGGUUCUUCCAUUUUGCAUGUUUCACAUCAAAGCUUAUGUUCGCAAAGUUUACCUCGACCCUUUCGACUUUAUUAUUUUGUGAGUAGUGUAUUUAGAAACAAGUAAGUUAGAAUAGUUUAUUUUUAACUCAAAACAUGCAGCAUUUUGGGCAUGUAUGCAAUAUUUUGAUCUUUUGUGGUUUUGUUUACCUUUUGAACAAAUUAUACUGCAAAUUAAACUUGUUUUAGUGAUUUAAAAGUUUGUCUUCAAAAUAAAAGGGUAUCAAUAUGGCUAAUAUAUGUUUUUAUGUGUGCAGUAUGUGUAAUUUUGUACUUCUUGUUAAAUAUAUUAUCAAAAAUAUUAUCUACAUUAUUGUAUUUUAAAAGUAUUGACCAAAAUCUGCCCCAGUUAAGACCAUGAAUUUUCGCAAUUGUCAAAAAAGCAUAAAAUGAUAAUAAAAAGACAACUUAUUUCAAAAUGAUCUAUAGCAAUACCUACUUUUACAAGAUGCCUGAUGUUAACAUCAAUCUAUUUAAUAAAUAAUUUUGAAAUAAAAUCUAUAAAAUAUAAUAAUUGUUUAAAAGUGCUAUGCUCGCAGAGUCUUGUUUGUGAAAAAAUGACGGCUUACAAAUGUUCAUUCAUAUGACCAACAAAUUAGAUCAAUCUGGUUGCAAUUUGUAUGGAGUAACUAAUAAAUGUCAUUUUCUUUAGAGUACAGCUGUAGCUCCUUCGUGUAUCAAAAUUUACGUUUAAGCCAAGUUUAACAUAAUACGUCUUUAUAUGUAUUUGAAGAGCAAACUGUAUAUUUUAUUGAUAUUUCUCAUAUGUGGUCAAAAUGCACAUUCAGAUAUUAAUAUAUUGUUAUUGAUAUAUAAUAAAUAACAUAUAAACAA